UCCCUCUGCACACACAUCUCUACAGCACCACCACCACCACACCACCCACUCUGACCCGGCAUCACACAGCUCGGCGGCCCCUGGACUGCAGCUAGGAUGAGGAUCUGGUCGUGGGAACAAUGUGGGGAGACCAGCCUGGUGCUACUGGGGUUUCUCACCUUGGCUUUGUCUGUAGGGAACCUCUCAACCAGGGGACAGGAGGAAGGGGGAGCCUCCAACAGUCUGGAGGACGAGCUGGAGUCCACCACAUAUUGGUGGGGGGAGUGGGCCAAGUGGACCGCCUGCACACGCACCUGCGGAGGGGGGGUCAUGUCCCAGGAGAGGCACUGUCUCAAACAGAGAAAGAAAGCAGCCGCUGCUAGAGACAACAUGACCUGCACUGGCACUUCAAAGAAAUACCUCCUCUGUAACACCAAGGACUGCCCUUCCUCUGGGAGAAGCUUCAGGGAAGAGCAGUGCUGGUCGUUCAACUCACAGGUCUACAAUGGCAGGAACUACCACUGGAAACCCCUGUAUCCGGACGACUAUGUCCAUAUCUCCAGUAACCCAUGUGACCUGCACUGCACCACGGCCGACGGCCAGAGACAGCUGAUGGUUCCUGCUCGGGACGGAACGUCCUGCAAGUACAGCAACUACAGAGGGGUCUGUGUGGACGGCAGAUGUGAGCCAAUCGGUUGUGAUGGAGUACUUUUCUCGCCCAACAUGCUGGAUAAGUGUGGUGUGUGUCAGGGGGAUGGCAGCAGCUGCAGCAGGGUCAAUGGAAAUUUCCGCCGCGGGGCCACCACUUUGGGUUACUCCUUCAUCACAUCAAUCCCCGAGGGCUCCUGGGACAUUCAGAUCAUUGAGAGGAAGAAGUCAGCUGAUGUUUUGGCUGUGACCGAUCAGGCGGGGAACUUCUUCUUCAAUGGGAACUACAAGGUGGACAGCCCCCAGAACUUCCAUGCGGCGGGGACCGUCUUCAAAUACCGGCGGCCCAUGGAUGUGUAUGAGACGGGGAUCGAGUACAUCGUAGCCAAAGGGCCCAUCGACCAGGCCAUCAAUGUUCUGGUGUGGAACCAGAAUGGUCGUAUCCCUUACAUCACGUACGAGUACACCGUCCUGAGAGAGUCUCUGUCCCCUGUCCCUCAACCUCCCGUCUACACUGGCCCCGACAGCACCGCCCCGGGGGUUUCCGUGGAGAUGGGCAGUAUGGUGGCCCCCAACGGGAGCACGUAUGACAAGGUGGCCCCUGAGACCCAGAGGAACCAGGUGCUGAAACAGGGGGCCAAGGCGGCAGGGACCGAGGGCCAGAAAGGCCAGGAGACCAACGAGGUGUAUGAGGAGACAGGAGCCAUCGACUGUCACCAGGACAGCCCAACCCCACCACAAUACACAGUUAUCCCAACAGAUGGCAACAGCAGUCACACAGGUAGCGUAGCAGUCCCUGCCCCGGCAGCCAGCAAGCCUUUAGAGGAGGGACCAGACUCCGAGAACCUCAUCUGGAGAGUCUUGCUGGGCAAGCAGAUUGGUCCAGAUGAGCUGCUCACCAACAUCUCAACCAAUCAGCUCCUGACGGAGGGAGAGGGAGUGUUCUCGUUGGAGGUGGACUAUAGCAGUGUGGAGCAGGGAGGCCAGUUCCCCCUCAACAGCUCUCUGGGGGAGUUCAGUCUGGGCGCGCGGAGGAAUGAUACUGGAGACCUGCUGUUCCCCAACAGGACGCUGCUGACGGGGAUGAGGAGCAACAAUCGCACCAACAGAACCAGGACUAAUCAGAGGUUCCUGCAGAAGAACUUCAAGCUGAGCCCUGCAGACAUGUACCGCUGGAAACUGUCUUCUCAGGAACCCUGCUCCUCCACCUGCUCUAUAGGAGUGUCAAAGUCCUUUGCCAUGUGUGUUCGCUACGACGGCGCUGAGGUGAAUGACAUGCACUGUGACACUAUGACCCGACCUGAGCCUGUUCAUGACUUCUGCAUUGGGAGGGAGUGCCAGCCCAGGUGGGAGGCGAGCAGCUGGAGUGAGUGUUCUCGUACCUGUGGUGAGGGCUUCCAGUUCCGUCUGGUGCGCUGCUGGAAGAUGCUGUCCCCCGGGUUGGACAGCUCUGUGUACAGUGACCUCUGCACCCUGGCAGAGCUGGAGAGGCCCCUGGAGCGCCGCGCCUGUAAGAGCCCAACCUGUGGCCCCCAAUGGGAGGUGGCCGAGUGGACUGAGUGUCCAGCGAAGUGUGGCCGCAGGGCCCAGGUGACCCGGGAGGUCAGGUGUUCAGAUGAAACCAAGUCAUGUGAUCCCCUGACCCGCCCCCUUAACACCAAGAACUGCACAGGCCCGCCCUGCGAGCGCCAGUGGACUGUGUCAGAGUGGGGGCCGUGCUCUGGGUCGUGUGGCCAAGGGAAGAUGGUACGUCACGUGUACUGUAAGACACCAGAGGGCCGUGUGGUGCCUGAAUCCCAGUGCUCUCCGGAGAAUAAGCCCCUGGCAAUCCACCCCUGUGGGGAGAAGGACUGUGCUCCACACUGGCUCACUCAGGAUUGGGAGAGUUGUAACACGACAUGUGGCCGCGGUGUGAAGCGGAGGAUCGUGCAGUGCGCCGGCAUCACUGCUGGGAAGUUCCAGACCCACGACGACGAGGCUUGUGGUGCCAGUAAGAGGCCCGAGGACGAGAACACCUGCUUCGAGAGGCCCUGUUUCAAGUGGUACACCACGCCCUGGUCUGAGUGCACUAAGACAUGUGGUGUGGGUGUCCGGAUGAGAGACGUGAAGUGCUACCAGGGCAGGGAGAUCGUGAGAGGUUGUGACCCCCUGACCAAGCCUGUGGCCAAGCAGACCUGUGCCCUGCAACCUUGUCCCACUGAACCCCCAGAUGAGAGCUGUCAGGACCGUCCCACCACCAACUGCUCUCUGGCUCUGAAGGUGAACCUGUGCAGUCACUGGUACUACAGUAAGGCCUGCUGCCACUCCUGCAGGGCCCAGCACGCCUCUUAGUAUUGCCUGACACCUACAAAACCUUACCCUGCAGCUCUCCAACCCCCACUCCCCACCCCCUACCUCCAGCAGACCCCCACAAACCCCUUAACUCCAACCACUGCAGACCCAUACCCGCAACCCACUUACUUCCAACUAAAGAGCCCUCUACCCCAGACUACUCGUCAACAAAUUACCCCCCCAGUAGGUUCCUCUACUAUCCCCAGUAUGUUACUCUAUUACCCCCAGUAGGUUACUCUACUACCCCCCAGUAUGUUACUAUAUUACCCCCCAGUAGGUUUGUCUACUACCCCCCAGUAGGUUACUCUACUACCCCCCAGUAGGUUUGUCUACUACCCCCCAGUAUGUUACUAUAGUACCCCCAGUA